UCUCUGUAUACAGCUAGAUUCGUCCUCAUUUGUCGAUAAUCACUAAUCCAGGCAGGUAUUUUACCUUGUAUAUUCACCUGAUCGGUUAUUUUACUUGGUUAAUUUGGCUAAUACCUCUGAAGACAAUGUACUCUUUGACCAUUCGCUGCUGCUCUGCCAAUGCUGUUCAGUCUCAGGGUUUAGCAGCAGAGACACCUUAGGGAUUAGAAGAGCACCAGCCGUUGGCUCCUACUGUCCCUGCAUAGCUCAGCGUUGCUCCAGUGUAAUUCCUGCUGUCCCUAGGUCCUCCAGUGAACUUCCGUGCACAUGAUUUCGGGGGUUGCCUGCCCCGUCACGCCUGGUAUUUGGUCACCCACUCACCCCGGCUGUUUGAUUGCGUUUAGUAAGCUGCUGUGACGUGACACCUGGGCACUGAUUGGCAGCUGUUUACUGUAGACAGGACAGGUGUGCUCAGUUAUGUUCCAGCACCAUUUUUGAAUCCAUGCCACGGGGCCUUAGGCUAUCCGCGAUCCCCAGGAAAAAAAUAUCAACACGGAAAAACACAUCAAAGAAAAUUAACUGGCAACAUACCUACUAAAGGAACAAAACCCCACAGGUACAUCACAGCGCAGCAUGUUACCACGCAGCCACGUUUGCAGCAGCCGUAACACGCGGUCGUGUUUCGUCUGUGUCCCUUACGCCGUAUCGUCAAAAGCUGAGACCGACUUCAUGCUUUUUGGUCUGUGUAGGGAGCUCUGCGCAGGCAGCCUGCUAAAAUCCUGCAGGGUGAGCGGGGGCACGUCACCUGUCAAGUGUGGCCGCAGGGCUCAGUGUCAUAGGAAAAUAAUCCCAUUCCGCCCAUCAGAAGCGCCUACGUGAAAACGUGUGCACAGCUGUGACAUCGUGCAAUCACACCCUGUGCAGUUUGAGGGUCAUUCAUUACUCCUUUGCUCUCCGUGUGUUAUGGAUCAUGGCAUGAAUGGUCUGUACCCCGGACAGGUACUGCUCCUUUGGGUCACCAGAAGGACUGAAGACUGUUGAUGGUAGCGUGAGGGAUAGGGCCCCCGCCCGCGGGCAUCUUCUCGGUCUUUUGGGGGCGUGUGCGCAUGGAUUCCUCCUGACGACAAGCCCUCAGCACGGAACCGCUGUAUUGGAUACGUCUCCAAGUCGCGUCUGGGCUCCCCUCGGACCCCAACCUGGCUCCACACCUUCACCAGAGCAGCUCUGCGGUGGCCAGUAUGUCCAAUGACCCCCCUGAAACCACCUUUUCCCCCAGGGCAGAAAAGAGCCCCCACUCACCCCAGCCUGGUCUUCUGCAAACAUCUCCCUGUGUGCAGACUGAGGCGCACGAGAAGCACGGCCUUGAGGAUAGGCCUUCGGCUUUGAGCCAGACAGACAAUGCCAUCUUCAGGCCAAACGUGGUGGCUAUGGAGAGAUUCCGCCGGCACAGCAGUGAUGGGGCCACGGGCAUCCAGGAGCCGGUGCCAGGGGAGCCCCGGCGUUUCCACCCUUACCGUCGCCAGUACAGUGACCCCCCGGGCUUCCAGCAGCCCCUGGAUCUCUACCAGGGCAUGGAGGUCCAUGAGAUUCUCCCCGUCACACAGCCCCAGCACCACCAGGCCAACAGCCCAGGAUCCUGGUCUCCAUCCAUGGGAUCUGUUCUGCAGGCAUCUAGGGCCGUGGGAGAGGAAGGCGAAUUUAUGGAUGCUCCAGAGGAGUCUUCAUGCUACCCCUCCCAGAUAAACACUGUCUCCCUACCCCCCCUGGAACAGGUCCCGGUGGAUUUCUACUCCCAGGCAGCACCGUUGAGAGGCUCCCAGUAUAACUUCCAGCGCGUUGCCCCUGCCAUAUCCCACAAUACCAUGCUGCACACUCUCUACCCCAAACCCAUCUACUCCUACAGCAUCCUCAUCUUCAUGGCACUGAGGAACAGCAAGACUGGGAGCCUCCCAGUGAGCGAGAUCUACAGCUUCAUGACAGAGAACUUCCCCUAUUUCAAGACGGCCCCUGAUGGCUGGAAGAACUCAGUCCGUCACAAUCUGUCCCUCAACAAGUGCUUCGAGAAGGUGGAGAGCAAGAGCGGCGGCACCUCCCGCAAGGGCUGCCUGUGGGCCUUGAACCCGACCAAGGUGGAGAAGAUGCAGGAGGAGCUGCACAAGUGGAGGCGCAAAGACCCACACACCGUGCGCAGGAGCAUGGCGCGGCCCGAGGAGCUAGAGCGCCUCCUUGGGGAGCGACCGCAGAAGUGGAAACUCACUGAAGCGCACAGUUAUGGUCAGACUCUGCUCCCAAGAGGAGUGUCACCCUGCUUCCCCACCCUACAGCAGAGGCUGUCAGGCCACGCCUUACGACAUUCCCAACAGGGCUCCACCUUUCCUCAAGCCCCACAAAGCCGGUCCCCAUGGCCGCCUGAUGACCAGCAUCUGCAUCAUCAUCCCCCUGAGCACAGUGCCUUCCCAUACUACCCCCCAAGCCGACCUUGUAUGCUGGAAACUCACCUUCCCUACAGCGCCGCCCUACAGGCGAAUAAUGGAACCCCCCAAAGCAUGCAGGAACUGCUGCUGGAGGGCGAGCCGAGCAAUGACGUCGAUGCGCUGAACCCCAGCCUCACCGACCUCCAGCUGCAUGGUCACCUUUGGGAGGAGCUAAAGGACGACAGCCUGGCGUCCGACUCGCUGCUGGUCAUGGCCACCUCGCCACCCCAUGUGAGCAGCUGCAUGCACUUUGCAGGCUCCGAAGCAGGCGAGCCUGGGGCUGUGAGUGACCUCCCCACACAGGAAAACGGCAGCCCGUCCACCGUGCUCAUCUCGGGACUCUACUCCGCCACCUUCACCAACCUGGACUGCUGCGUCCCGGGAACCCCUCCUCCCGCAGCCAUGGGACGAAGCACCGGGGGGUCCGAUUACUCCCCAGGCACCAGCGGGACUUACAGGAGGCAAAACUCAUCACAUCCAUCACCAGCACCCAUCACCAUCACACAAUAGACUGAUCACUGCUAAACCACGUGGCCUAUGGUCCUUUCUUUACGCAUUUUUAUUACAUUGUUAGUAUUAAAAAGACGAGUGCAGCACAGCAGCACUUCCACAAGGGGGCGGUAUGGUUUUUUAUAUUUCCCAUUUGUGUGCCUCAUAGCACAGAAUGUAUCAAGCAAAUAGAAAAUAAACAACUUCUGAUGUUU